UCACCACUCUGAAACGCGCUCACUCUGCGGUCAAUGGCGCUUUGUGUUCACAGAGAUCUGGAGUUCACCUUCAGCACCGAGUCCCGCUAGUGUUUACAGUUUAAUAUAUAUAAAUCGUGUAACCAUGUUACAAAUGAAAAACCGAUUAAAAUAUUCUUCUCUCGCCAUCGCCGCCGGCAGACUGCUGCCAGGAACCGUGCGGAAUCCGCUGGUCUUCCUGGACAUUGCGGCUGACGGCGAGUUUAUUGGCAGAAUUAUAAUUGAACUUAAUGCAGAUGUGGUUCCCAAAACAGCAGAGAACUUCAGAGCGCUGUGUACAGGAGAGCAUGGGUUUGGAUAUAAAGGUUCCAUAUUCCAUAGAAUCAUUCCUGAGUUCAUGUGCCAGGGUGGAGAUUUCACGAAUCACAGUGGCACUGGUGGAAAAUCCAUAUAUGGACAGAAAUUCAAAGAUGAGAAUUUUAAGUUGAAACACACUGGACCAGGUGUGCUGUCAAUGGCGAACUCUGGGCCGAACACCAAUGGAUCUCAGUUCUUCAUCUGCACUGCCAAAACAGAAUGGCUUGAUGGCAAACAUGUUGUGUUUGGUCAAGUGAAAGAGGGCAUGGAGACCGUCAGGGUAAUGGAGUCAUAUGGUUUGCACGACGGAGGAACACUUCAGAAGAUUGUCAUCACAGACUGUGGGGAACUAAAAUAAUACACGACUUUACACUGUACAGAGCUGACAACUGACUGUUCUCAUGUAAGCGAUUUAUCGCCAGCCAGAAGGUAAAUGAUUUUAGAGCCAAUACAUUCAAUGCAAUUGGAUAUAAUUCUUUAUGAUUAAAGGGUUUUACUGUUUUAUAUCUUUUGACUGAAAUAAAUACGACCCACUUCAAUGUGUGGGGAAAUGAA